AACAACCAUCGAGCAAUAUCAACUACAUAUACAACUAUAAAGCCAUCGUCCAAUUGAAAAGCUAUAAAUUAAAGAAAUAAUAAACCACACACUUGCCUAUCGAUUGCCCGUCAAAGCGAUAUAUACGCACAGUUUUCAACACUGUUCGGCUGAACAGCGAGAGCACAGCUGAUUGUGCCUGCCUGUCUGGCUGUUGUGUUUUUGGUUGUGCGCGGGGCGGCAGUGAAAGGUUUUCUGCGCUCGUUGUGCCCGAGAAAUAACAGUCCAAAAAGACCAAGAACUAAAACAACAACAACAACAAAGGAAUUCAGAACUAUACUCUGUGUGACGUGGUAGCAGCAAGGCAACAACACACACAUACAAUUACAGGGCGCAGGUGUCAGUUCAGAACAGCUGUUUCAACACAUCAGACCGAUAUAAAGUCACUGAAAUCUACAAAGCACUAUUGACUUUUUAAUGUAAAUACCACACAUGAAAGCAUACCUAUAUUCUUUUCCAACAGUGGGUGAGAUAAAUACACACACGUAUACAUUCAACCGUAACAACAGCAACAAGAACCAAAAACUGAAACAGCAAUCAAUUGCCAUUGGGCCCCAGGCUUGUUCUACGUCACAUUUGAGAUCAGGAGUGGUGCCAGCAGCAACAGGAGCAGCAACAUUCAAAAUUCUACAACAUCUCUAAUCAAAGUGCAUUCGACAACAAGAAUUACAAACAAAACAACUUCCAGUUAAAGUUACUUCCAUAAGUUUCUUCCUUUUAAAAAUAUUUAUUGUGCAACACUGGCGCGCCAGCCAAAAACAACCAUACAAAGAAAACAAAACAAAAUCAAAUUUUUGCCAUUCGCCACGCAACGUCACAACGACUAAGCAGCCAACUUAACUAAACAAAAGCAACUAACGAGAGAGUAGUUCAAGUAAUUAGACAAAAUUAGCAUUAACAUUGUGAUCCACAUCCACACAUCAUCAAGAAGAGCAUUUUUGUGGGGGGCGGACACGUUAUGAGCAAUUCGAUUGCAUCAACAAAAUGCCUGCCCAAUGUCUCGUUCUCGUCCGGCAAUUAUGGUAUGUCACAAAGCCACCGUUACACCGAUGAUACAAAGGAGUACAUAUUCCUCAAGCUUACCGACUCUGCCUACCGUGCCAUCGAGGAGUAUCAAAGAAAUGAGAAUGCCAAACGAUUGGCGCCCGGCCAAUGUGCCAAAAUUCAAUGCAAUGGCAACACUGGCUUCAUCCACUUCCCGCUGCCCAGCAGCGAUAGCAGCAAUUCUGUUAAUAACGGCAGCGGGAACGGGAUGGAAGCAGGACGCAAGUUUGGCUUUACCAUUGACGAUCUGGAGGGCACAUUGGAGUGCAUACAGCAGCAGCAGCAGGAGCUCGAUGUGCUUGGAGCAUUGGCGCGACGCAUGCGUAUCCAUGCCAACGAUGAUGUCUACGACACGACGCGCUCGAAAAUGGCUCGAGUUGAGGAGACGGAGAAGAGCAAAUGUAUACGGGAGAUCAAGCCAAAUCAAUCGGAUAUUGGGCGUAAGGUGAAGAAGCCGCCGUCGGCAUCUUCACAUCACAGUGGGAACAACAACAACAGCAACAGCAGUAGCAGCAAUAGUUUUAACAGUAACAAUAGUCGUAAGUUAGUUUCAUCGCCAUUUAAUGGUCUGACGUCAUCAUCAGUUGCAACAGCAGCCACAUCCGUAGCAGCAGCAGCAACAACAUCAAUCGCCUCACGCUCGCCCAAUCCCAAUAUUUUGGGUGCCAGCGGCACAGUCAAUGGCAGCCGCAGCACAGCCCUGGCCAACACAUUUGCCAAUGGUAUCUCCCAGGGUUAUGCGCUGAGCGGCAGCUCGCCGAGAGACAACAAUAGCACAACAGCAGGAGCAGUUACGGGGACAGCGCUGGGUGGAUCCUUUAACAGUAACAGCAGCAAUGGACGCAAUAAGAUGCUCAACGGCAGCGGCAGCGGCAGCGGCAGCAAUUCGCGCAGUGGCAACACCAAAUCGGGUGGUGCGAGCGGCAACGGUGGUGGCAAUGGCAACAAAAUGUCCGAUGUAUCGCGGCGCAGCAUACGGGAGCGAUUAAUACAUUUGCUGGCAUUGAAGCCGUUCAAGAAACCAGAGCUUUACGCGCGCCUCAAGAACGAGGGUAUCAAGGAUCGGGAGCGCAAUCUAAUUGGCAAUAUACUCACGGAUAUAAGCACCAUGUCUCACAAUACCUUCAAUUUGAGGCGCCAGAUGUGGAACGAUGUCGAUGAGAACUGGCCGUUCUUCAGCGAGCAGGAACUGCAGCAACUGAAGCGUCGCAAGCCACAGAAUCUGACGCCUCCAAUGAGCUCCGAUGCAGGCAGCUCGACCUCCGGCCAAAGUCCAACGUCCACCCAUACAGGUAGCCCGCCGCCCUUGCUCAGCAUGCCUUCGAAUGUGGUACCGCAAAUGGGCAGCCACAGCGGCGGACCAGGCGGCAUCAUCGGUGGCAACAGCCUGAAACGGAGCAGCAUUGAGUACGACGAAAUGUUCAGUACGGUGCAUCCGAAAAAGCAGCGCAUCAGUCACUAUACAAGGGAGGCGGGACCACAAUUCACAUCGUCCUCCUCGUCGUCCGCUGGCUGCCCCUCGGGCAACUCCUCGGGCUCAUCGUAUCGCAAUCGCACGGCUGCGUAUACGCCGCCGCAGCGACAGCAGCCACAGCUGGAGGAUCACAGCAGCAGCGACUUAACAUACAGCGUGCUGGACAACAUGGACGAGUUUAGGAGCAUGACAGCAGCAGCUGCUGGGGAGCAACAUCAGCAACGAAGCAGCAGCAGCAACAGCAACAGUCGACGUGGCAGCGGCAGCUCAUCCAAGCAAAGCACGACCAUCGGCGGCCCCAUUGACAAGCGCAACUCGACGGGCAGCAACUCGAGCAGUUCCAGUGGCUAUGAGACUCAACAGGAGCGCAACAGUCGCCAGUCGUCGACAGUGCAGCAGCAGUCGGCGCACAGUCGCAAAUCGUCAACAACGCCGCCCAAGUUGACUGCUAGUUUUGUACGUCAGUCGACGCCAACAGCAGCAACGCAGCAGCAUCAACAGCAGCAGCAACGGAACAGCUUCAACAGCAGCAGCAGCAGCAACAGCAACAAUAAUGCGCACGAUGAGUACAAUUCAUACAACAACAACACACAUGCCGCGUCCAAUAGCAAGAAGCGCACGAGUAGCAGCAGCAGCAACGGGCAACGGCAGCGCAGCAGCAGCAGCAGUAAUAGCAGCAGCAACAUGUAUGCACAGCACCAACAACAGCAACAGUUGCCAGCGCCUGUGCAGGCGCAACAGCUCCAUCAUCAUCACCAACAACAGCAGCAGCAGCAGCAGCAACAACAACAACAACAACAACAGCAACUGCAGCAGCAGCAGCCUUAUCAUUAUAAUCGCGAAUCUGGAUCAAGUGGAACCACUGCGAAACAUCCAUCGCCCACACAGCAACUGGCAGCGGCUGCGCAUGCGUACGCAGCGGCAACAGCGGACGCUGAUGCGAAUGCCGCGCCCCGUUAUGACUUCAGCCAAUAUGCGCCCAUACGCACGCUGGAGGUGCGCAGACGCUACAAGACUGAAUUUGAGAGCGACUAUGAUGAGUACCGCAAACUGUUGAGCAGCGUGGAGGACGUGCGCAAUCGUUUCCAGGAUCUGUCCACUCGCUUGGAGGGCGCCCGGCGACGCGGCGGCGGCGACUACGAUCAAAUCAAGCGCCAGAUUGUCAGCGAAUACGAGCGCAUCAACAGCGAUCGCAACAUCCACAACGACAAGCUUAGAUUUGACUACUUGCACGCGAAGUUGGCGUACAUCAAGCAGCUGGUGAUGGACUACGACAAGACUUUGAUUUGCCGUUCGGCAGCAGCCUCAACAAUGCCAGAGGCAGCAGCAGCCGCACCACCACCGACUGCAGCUGAAGUGCAGGCCGAAGCCGCAGCAGCAACGGCUCGUUUAGCGGAAAGCAGCAGCAUGCAACAGCAACAGCAUGCAGUGGAAACGAUACAGCAGCAACAGCAAGCACAGCAACAUUACAUCAACAACAAUCACAACAACAACAUUAACAUUAACAACGGCAGCCACGAGAGCGAUUCGGAUGACAGUUCUGGCAGCUCCGAUUCCAAUGAUGAUGAUGAUGACGAUGAUUGCGAUGAUUCCAACUCCAAUACUGAUGAUGACGAACGCUACUGAUUAAAUGAAUAAUCCAACAACAACAAUCGGCAACAACACAAAGCUACUUCUUGAUAAAACGAUACAAAACAACAACAAAAACACCAGCGACUGCAGCUGCAGUUGCAAA